UUUUAUUAUUGUUGUUGUUGUUGUGUGAGGAUACAAAUUUACGUCUUGAAUUGCAAUAAAAAUAAAUACUUUAUUAGAAAUCAAUAAAAAACAUUGAACAAUUUAAUAAUUGUAAAAUUUUAAUUUACCUUUGCAGCAUCAAGUAGUUUUGUAGUAAAAGUAAUUGUACUGGACAAUGGCUUCGGGGACAACUUUACAGAAGGCCAUCGAUUUAGUAACAAAAGCAACGGAAGAGGAUCGUAAUAAAAAUUAUGCAGAGGCUUUGCGAUUAUACGAACAUGGAGUGGAGUAUUUUCUGCAUGCAAUUAAAUAUGAAGCUCAGGGAGAGAAAGCUAAGGAUUCUAUAAGAUCCAAGUGCUUGCAGUAUUUGGAUCGUGCUGAAAAACUUAAAGAAUAUUUGAAGAAGGGCAAAAAGAAACCAGUCAAAGAGGGUGAAUCCAGUUCAAAAGAUGACAAGGACAAAAAGAGUGACAGUGAUUCUGAUGGCGAAGAUCCUGAAAAGAAAAAAUUACAAAGUAAACUGGAGGGCGCCAUUGUCAUUGAAAAGCCCAAAGUGAAGUGGUCCGAUGUGGCUGGUUUGGAUGCCGCCAAAGAAGCCCUUAAAGAAGCCGUCAUUUUACCUAUUAAAUUCCCCCAUCUAUUCACCGGCAAACGUAUUCCCUGGAAGGGUAUACUGCUUUUCGGUCCACCUGGUACGGGUAAAUCAUAUUUAGCCAAAGCUGUGGCCACAGAAGCCAACAAUUCAACUUUCUUCUCGGUUUCCAGUUCGGAUCUUAUGUCGAAAUGGCUGGGUGAAUCUGAGAAACUUGUAAAGAAUCUCUUCGAAUUGGCCCGUCAACAUAAGCCAUCCAUUAUCUUUAUCGAUGAAAUCGAUUCCAUGUGUUCGGCUCGUUCUGACAAUGAAAACGACAGUGUGCGUCGUAUUAAAACCGAGUUUCUGGUUCAAAUGCAAGGUGUUGGCAACGAUACUGAUGGCAUUUUAGUAUUGGGUGCCACAAAUAUACCUUGGGUUCUAGACUCGGCUAUUCGUCGUCGUUUUGAGAAACGUAUUUAUAUACCCUUGCCAGAGGCACAUGCACGUUUAAUAAUGUUUAAGAUACACUUGGGCAAUACGGUACAUAUUUUGACGGAAGAUAAUCUUAAGGAGUUGGCUGGCAAAACAGAGGGCUAUUCCGGUGCCGAUAUCUCAAUUGUUGUGCGUGAUGCCCUAAUGGAACCUGUACGUAAAGUACAAACAGCUACACACUUCAAAUGUGUUACUGGUCCUUCGCCUGUUAAUAAAGACGAAAUUGUUGAUGAUUUAUUACUACCUUGUUCUCCUGGCGAUGAGGGUGCAAUCGAAAUGUCGUGGAUGGAUGUGCCAGGAGAUAAACUUUUCGAGCCUCCCGUAACCAUGCGUGAUAUGUUGAAAUCUUUGUCACGCACUAAGCCCACAGUGAACGAUGACGAUUUAAUCAAACUGCGUAAAUUCACAGAAGACUUUGGUCAAGAAGGUUAAGAAAAUUUAAUAAUAAUUGUAUAAGAGAACCAUUGAAACUAUUUAAAUAAAAUUCUAUAUUAAAAUUAAGCACUUUAUAAUUUUCCAUACAAACAUUGUUUUGUGUUUUAUAUGUAUCUGGCCAUUUUAUUGUUAAUUAAAAACUUCUAUUUUUUUUGGUUCAAUUCUUUCCUUUUUUUUUUUAAAUGUUUAAUUUGUUCUACAAGACGGAAAGGAAAGCAUUUUUCUAUUACUUUAAAAAUAAUAAAGGAAACUCAGAGUGUUUGAAUAACGUAAUAAAAAUAUAUAUUUUUGUACUUGCAACACAUCAUUUAAUGCAAAUCAAUUUUUGUAGGCGUAUUUAUGUUUACGAAACAAUGCCAUUAUCUUUUUUUUAAAUUGUAAUUAAGAUUUGUUUUUUGUUGGGGUUUCGCUUAAAACUACCAAAAAUUGGCCUUUUAAAAUUAUACAAAUAAAUAAACAAGAUUUCUUAAAACAAAAAUUAAAUCAAUUUUAAACAUGUAUGUAUUUCAUUUAGCGAUCAAUAUUAUUAUAAGUAAAAAUAUAUAAAAAAAAACAAAACAA